CUUACAUUUAGGUGAGAUUUUCAAAUUUAAUAUUACCAUUCAACCAUAUUCGUAGUAGUAUUAUAUUAAAAAAUGGGCCUUUGUAAAUGUCCAAAACGCAAAACUACGAGCCAUUUUUGUUUUCAUCAUUGUGUCAAUGUUUGUGAGCAUUGUAUCGUCAACAACCAUACUACAUGUACAGUUAAAUCGUAUACCACCUGGCUGAAAGAAGCCAGUGGUGGUAUAUCAUCAUCAACAGCUACAGCAGCUGCAUUAUGUGCAAUUUGUCAAAAACAAUUUGUCUUAACAUCAAAAGAAGUUGAUAGUUCAGCAGUUAAUUUCAACAAUUCUAGAAGUAAUACAAAAGCUCCUUUACGUCUUUUAUGUUAUCAUGUAGUACAUGCACGUUGUUUAUCGUCUUAUGUUAAGAAGCAAUUUAAAGAAGGAAAUAUUUUAAAAUGUCCAUCAUGUGAUCGGCAAUUAUGGAUACAACAAGAGCAAUCGCAAGUUUCAGAUAAUAACUUGGAAGUCGAUUCCAAUGAUUUAACACCUGUUGCAUCAUUGUUGUAUAAACAUUUAUUGGAUAAUGGCAGUUGGUGGGGCCAGGCAUUAAUUACAAAUGGAAAUGUGAAUGAUAUUGAGAAAUACUUACUUGAAGAUGAAAAUCAUGAACUCGAAGAAUCUGACGAAGAAAUACAACAAUUUGAAAACAAUAAAUCUCAAAUGAAUAUUAUUUCAGACAAUAAAUCUCCAAUCUCACCAGUCGAAAAAAUGCAUUUGGCUAAUAGUAACAUUGAUUAUUAUAAUCAUUAUGAAUUAGCACACACAACACCAGAUGUAACAACAAUUAACUACCGUAACAAUACGAAUCAAAUAUAUCAGCCAAUUCAUCAUCGACACUUUAACAAUAAUUAUGGUCAAGAUUCAGCAUUAACAUUACAACAGUUGCAACAACAACAACAACAACAGCAACUACAACAAAAACAAUGUUCAUCUGUUAAUAUGACAACAAUUGCACAAAAUUCAGAUUUAAAUAAUAGACAUGUAAUAACAUCCAUUACUCCAUUAUUAAAUAAUGAAAAUAAUUUGAAUCAUGAUGAACAACAAGAUCCUAGUGGCAAAUAUAGACCUAAAAAGUUCAAUAACCAGUCUUGGUCUUUAGGUUACCAACGGCUAUUGCAAUAUUUUCGAGGUGCAAAUAACAAAGUUGAAGAUAAUAGUCCUACAAGAAUCGUCACAAUAAUUAUUUUUUGUUUAUUAAUUAUUGUGAUUUUACUAGUAGCUAUUACUAGUUAUACACGUUCCAAUAAUGAACCAUUUGAUAAUAAUAGCAUAGAUUAUGCUGGAGAUGAAAUUGAAAAUAAUGACAAUGGUGCAGCAAAAAAUUUGAAAAGUUUCAAUAUCAACAACUUGUAACUCUUGUAACUUUAUCAAUUUUAUUAAAAACCUUUGUUUUAGAUUAGAUUACAAGUUAAAUAUUGUGUUAUUGUUAAAGUUGUGAAUUAUUUUAAAAUCA